AUGCCUCUAAUCAACGAAUACUACGAAUCUCUUCCCUACGUUGAUGCGCCUCCCAGCGAGAACGCCAUGUCCGCCGCGCGAGCGCAAAUUGAGGCCGACAUGAAGAGCGCGGGUGUCGACCCAACCCAACUCCAUCCAGCCCUCAUCCCAUCCGCAUCGUACACACCUACAUUUUCGCCUGCCAUCGAGCAGGAGCACGCACGCAUCCAGGCCGACGCGGGUUCAAAGCUCUCUGCUAUCGACUCAAAGCGCUACCAGGAGCCCGAGAAACCUUCCAAUACGACUCCUACCUCCGAUGAGGACAAGCCAGAGCUCCUCCAGCAAUGGAACGCUGCUCUGAGGCAGGCAUACACGAGCUCUGAGUACCUCCAGGCGCGAUCAACGCAGCUGGGAUUGCUGGAGAAAUUUGGCAAAAACGCUUGGUUGACUGGCAAUUUUCAGCUGGAGAACAUUCUGAAGGACAUCGAGACUGAAUUGGCCCAAGUGAGGAAGCAACAAGAAGACAUCGACGCCCUGCAGCGUUCUCAACAGGAGGCUGUGCGUGGCGAAUUCACAACAUUGGAAGAGACCUGGAAACGUGGCGUAGGCAGAGUCCUGGAGACUGAGGUUGCCGCUGAGGGGCUCAAGCAGCAGAUACUUGAGCGAAGGAGGGCUGGCGCUGUUUAA